ACAAUUACAGCUGCCAAAUUUUCCUUCCUUCCUCCUCUCUUGUUCCUACCUCCUAUUCACCACUUCUCAAGAACUAAUUCCUCCCCUCACACCUCUAUCUUCUCAAGACAUAUUUUGCAUGACAUUUUUCAAAGAAAAGAACGACUCUUGGUGUCUUUGUAUUGUUCAGAGUCCAUUCAUUACAUAAUGGCAACAGAGAGAGUGCUUCAUAUGAAGGGUGGAGAGGGAGAAACCAGCUAUGCCAAAAACUCCUUACUUCAGAGAAAAUUGGCAAGCAUGGUGAAACCUAUACUUGAAGAUACUGUAAAACGGUUUAUGUCAAACUUGAGUUCCGAAAGAUGUUGGAAAGUAGCAGAUUUGGGAUGCUCUUCGGGGCCAAAUUCACUCUUUUUUGUGUCAGACAUCUUAAGCAUCGUGGAUAAGGCUAGCUUCAGCUUAAACCAGGGUACGCCACGCGCAUUGCAAAUUUACAUGAAUGAUGUAUUUGGAAAUGAUUUCAACAGCACCUUCAAGUUUAUCCCUGACUUCUUCCAAAGAAUACAUGAAGAAAAAAACGACAACCAUGUACGAUGUUUUAUUCAUGCAACACCUGGAAGCUUCUAUGGAAGACUUUUUCCUGAUGAUUACAUCCACUUCUUUCAUUCUUCUUACAGUCUUCACUGGCUAUCACAGGCACCAAAAAGCUCGAGCAACACAGACGAACCACUCAACAAGGGAAAUAUUUGUGUAACAAGUACAUGCUCUCCUUCUGUCCGUGAAGCAUACUUCAAGCAAUUUGAAAAGAAUUUCAAACUUUUUCUAAAAUCACGUUCAGAGGAAUUAAAGUCUGAUGGUAUUAUGUUACUUACAUUCAUUGGUAGAGAUGAAACUCGGAAAAUUCGUAAUCCAGCUCCAGAGGUAAUUGGAAUGGUACUCAAUGACAUGGUCCAAGAGGGUCUACUUGAAGAGAAAAAAUUAGACUUCUUUGAUCUACCUGUAUAUGGUCCCACAGCUGAAGAAAUUAGACAAGUGAUUGAAGAAGAAGGAUCUUUUGCCAUUCAAACAUUGAGGACUUUCAACAUGGUUUGGGAUGCAAAUCCUCACGAGGAUGUCGGUGAUUCUAUACUUGAUAGAAAAAUGAAAGUAGAGUUCCUGUCUAAGUACGUUAGAGCGGUUUUCGAACCUCUUUUGUCAGUUGAGUUUGGGAAAGAUACCAUGGAUGAAUUGUUCACAAGAUUUGCAGAGAAAGUUGCCCAACUCAUUGAAUUUAAGACAUUGGAGUAUACAAAUGUGGUAGUGUCCUUGGUCAAAGUUUAAAUAUAAGUAUGAGAAAAUUUUUGGAUGGGUUAUUUUCGAUUCUUACUAAUGUUUUUGGGUUAAGAUUCAACCCAUUGUAGUUUUCUUUCCAGGAGAAACUUUUAUUAUCUUAGUUUAGUGGCCUUGUCACUUUGGAUUCUCAUUUAUUCGGUUCUUUAGAGUCUCUUUUGGUUUGAAUAGUGUAUUACUUAAAAACAUAAGUUAAAAAAUGAACUAUUUUCAUAUAUCUCUAUAACAUGAAUCUUACAUUCGCAUAAA